GCAUACGCAUACACACAUAUGUAUAUAUAGAGAGAGAGACAUCCUUGUCCCUCUCUCUCUCUCUUGUGUUGAAUGAAUGCUGAUUAAGCCUAUUCACCCAAAAAAAUGCUGAUUAAGCCCCGUAGCCUUCGCUCCUCCCUCCGCUUUUUGAACAACACUUGGAUUAUCAAACCCAACUAACUCAUUCUCCCAACUGGAUAAGAACCCUCUUCAUCCACUCCUCCUUUUUAGGAAUCUACUCUCUCCUCAUGCCUAUUCUCUCUCUGUCUCUCUCUCUUCUUCAAAUCUCAUCUUAAUCUCUCUCUCUCUCUCUCUCUCUCUCUCUCAUAACACUCUUCCUUUCUCUUCUCCAAAUGGGUUUUCAGUCCUUCUCAUCAAUUCAAUCAGUUUUUGAAGUACAGGGUAGUACAUCUUCUUUUUUAAAUCACGGUAUCUAGACACGUAACGGUAACAAUAACAUACACAGACACAGUAUCCAGCAAUACGUAUCGAGAAUCAGGUGAUACAAGAGAAUACUUGUUGAUGGACUAUUUGAGAGAGAUAGAAAGCAAGACAGCACAUGAUCAUCAUCAUCAUAAUCAUUCAAAUGAGAAGAUGAAGAUUAGGUCUCCAAGACGAGUCUAUGUUCCUGGACCGGUCAUCGUUGGAGCUGGACCAUCUGGGUUAGCCGCCGCAGCGUGCUUGAAACAGAGAGGCGUGCCGAGCAUAGUUUUGGAGAGAUCUAACUGUAUAGCUUCUUUAUGGCAGCUCAAGACCUACGAUCGUCUCCGGCUUCACUUGCCGAAGCAAUUCUGCGAGCUACCACUUAUGUCUUUCCCUCAAGAAUUCGCUACUUACCCUACAAAACAGCAGUUUGUUCACUACUUAGAAGAAUAUGCGAAAAGAUUUGAGAUUAGGCCUCUGUUCGGGGAGGCGGUGGCAAGUGCGGAGUUUGAUCGGAGUGUCGGGUUUUGGAGAGUGAAGAGUGUGGGGGUGAAGGAGGGGGAGGAGACGGAGUUUGUUUGCCGGUGGUUGGUGGUGGCUACCGGAGAGAAUGCGGAGGCGGUGGUGCCAGAGAUUGAAGGGAGAGAGGAGUUUGAAGGGCCUAUAGUUCAUACAAGUUCUUACAAGAAUGGUGGUGUUUUUGGAGGGAAGAGAGUUUUGGUGGUUGGUUGUGGGAAUUCAGGAAUGGAGGUCUGUUUGGAUCUCUGCAACAAUAAUGCUAGCCCUUCCCUUGUGGUCAGAGACACAGUACAUGUCCUACCACAAGAGAUGCUGGGAAAAUCAACUUUCGGGCUGUCCAUGUGGUUGCUAAAGUGGCUGCCCAUGAACCUUGUCGACCGCUUUCUCUUGGUGGCAUCGCGGAUCUUUCUCGGUGACACUGCCAGGCUUGGCCUCGACCGCCCUUGCUUGGGUCCCCUUGAGCUAAAGAACUUGUCGGGAAAGACACCCGUGUUGGAUAUUGGUACCCUUGCAAAGAUUAAAAGUGGAGACAUCAAGGUAUGUCCAAGCAUUCAGCGACUAACGCGUUAUACCGUGGAGUUUGUCAAUGGGAGCAAAGAAAAUUUUGAUGCAAUCAUCUUAGCAACUGGUUACAAAAGCAAUGUACCUUCUUGGCUAAAGGAGAGUGAAAUGUUCUCGGAGAAAGAUGGGUUACCACGAAGGCCAUUUCCAAAUGGUUGGAAAGGCGAGUAUGGACUAUAUGCCGUGGGAUUUACCAAACGCGGAUUGCUUGGUGCAUCAAUUGAUGCUAGGAGAAUUGCAGAAGACAUUGAACGGUGUUGGAAAGCUGACGCAAAACAUCUUGCAGCCUUUACGCGCUCACUUUCGCCUCAAUCAUGAUUUAAAUUGAGCUACAAAACAUAGGUUUGAUUUGUAAAAGGUAUAGAUGAUUGGAGAAUUUACCAUUCGCUCAAUUUUGGUACCAUGAUGUCUCUCCUCCAAUUGAGGAAAAGAAGAGAAGUCAAAGAAAGACAAAGGAGUGUUCUCUCUCUCAAUGACACCAAGCCUUGGGAAGGAGGAACUGAGAGCAAAAGAAGGCUUCUUUUUUUU